CAAUGGGACCUACCCAGCAAACACAGAAACCCUCAGGGUCGAAGGGGUUAACCCUGCGGCAAACUGUACCUGCAAAAACACCAGAACUGAACCGACCGGGCAAUUAACUGGGUCCAAGACACGGUGCUCACACCGUGACGCGAACAGUCGCCAUCGUGCGGCAUACGACCUCCUCGUGGAGGGAGCUCUGGAGUGGAGAAGGGCCUCUACUACCUUGGUAGAGAGAACAGCCGCUACAAACCGCGCCCCUUCAGGGGCCACAGACUCCACAACACCGGGCGGGGGUGAACCAGGGUUCCGCCCGCCAACAAGUAGGAAGAAGAGAAAUCGAGAAAACCAGACACAACACCUCCAUCAGAACAGCCUGAGUGUAAAUCAACAACUUCCCACCUGCAUCAUCCUCAACAACACACGAAGAAGCAGUAAUGAUGAAGUGCUUGUAUCUUUUGUCUUUUGUGUUUCACAUAACUGCAGGCUGUGCUCUUACUGGUAAAAAUGACAUAGAAAUCACACAACACAAAGGUGGUUCAGUGCUGUUACCCUGCUCCUGCUCUGACCUGCUCUCCAAACCUCAGAAAUUCACCUGGGAGACCUUCAGAACAGGACAGUGGGCUGAAGUUUUAAAUGAUGAACACUACCUUGGCAGAUAUCAGCUGUUUAAUAACAUUUUUCCUGCUAAUCUGUCACUACUCAUAUCUGACCUGAGAGAAGAAGAUCAUUUAAACUACAGGUGCAGCACUGAACUACAGGAAUACAGAUACAUCAGUCUUUAUGUUAAAGGCUGUGAGCUGGUGAAGAAGACAGGGGUAGAGAAGGUGACUGGGUUCACAGGAGAGUCUGUAGUUCUGCCCUGCGUCUGCACUGACCUACAGAACUACCCGAAGAGGGUAACAUGGGAGUUUAAUAAAAACAAUCACUUUCAGGAAAUUUACCCAAAACAGACUGGACAUCACAGUAACAGAGUGAAACUGGUCAGUAAAAACCCUCCAGGAAACCUCUCUCUACUCCUAUCAGACCUGACUGAAGAGGACCAGGGAACCUACAUAUGUACUGCACAGGCUGAUUACAGAUAUCUGAGACUGUCUGUUAAAGACAAAAAACUUCAAACACAUCGAGGACAACAGACACAACACGUACAUCAGACCAGCCUCAGAGUAAAACAACAACCAGAGGAAGAUGUGGAGAGAACGUGGUUGCUGGAGGACAUCAGGACUGUGAGGGAAAGCAGGAGGAUCAGACUUUCUGUAUUGAAUACACACCAUGACCAAGUACAGGAUUUACUAUAUUGAUUUUUUUUAUAUUGCUGUUAAAAAUCACAUUAACACACAUACCUGGAUGCGAUUUGAUUGGGUUUAAGAGACAGAGUUUCCAGAUCAUUGUGUUACUGUUACUUAUAUUAGCUAAGUGUAUUUUUCUGCAUUCACUUUCUCUGUUCAUCAUUAAUAACUUGCUGAUGUACAGUUUCUUUUUUUAUAUCUUAUAUAUUAUAUUAGUCUUAUUUUAUAUCUUAUUUGUAAUGAUCUAAUAUCAGGGUAAGAAAUUAUUAUUCCAGAAGCAUCAUGGUGUUUUGUGUAAGAAGACUGUUAUACAUGUUCUUGUUUGUGAUUUUCGGUGUUUAGACUGAUGGUACCUUUCGUCCCUGUUCUAGUAAACUAGCAUGAGGAUGUGUUUUUGAGAGACUUCACAGCACUUCUGUAAAACACUCUGGAUAAGAGAAUCUGCCAAAAGCCUGAAAUAUAAAUGUUAAUGGUAAACUUUUGCAGCUUUUUUUUUUCAAUGUGAUUGAUAUGGUACAUGGACAUGUGUGUAUAUGUGCAGUAUGUGUAGUAAAUAUAUAUUCUUUUUGUCACAUUCUUACAAUUUCCAUCGUUUUAUGAUAUAAUAUUGAAUAUUUCCAAAUAAAUGUGUGUAUUUCUGAUGUA